GCUCUCUCGUUAAGAGAAAGGCGAUGCUGAUCGGAGAGAACAACAACAACGCCAAUAAGAGCUGCGCCAGUGCAAAAACAGCAACACACACAUACACAAACACGCACACAUACCAUCGGUGGGUGGCUGUGGCAAUAUUUGAAUAUUUCAAAUAUCUAAGCUUGAGUUUAUUUACUUCUUCAUGCGGAUGCUCGCCCCUCCAAUGUGCAUUUAAAAUCCAGCCAUUAACGUAAACUAAGAUUUUACAAAUCAAGUAGUUAACCGCAUUUUCUUUCCGUGUACACCGAUCCAAGUCGCAUCGCACAUUCCGGCCCAAAGAUGGCGCUGCGCCUGCGCCGUGACGUACAGAAGGCCUCGUACUAUGUGUGGUUCCUGGGCGCCGAGGAGGCCAAGGGUCUGAGAGGAGCCCGUGUUAUAAACUCGGUGCUACCGUAUCUGGUGGACCGAUCCCGAGGCCAGGAGCCACUGAAGGUGACCCUUCAGGUGUCCCACAAGGGCAUCAAGAUUGUCCAGGGGGCGUCGAAGCAUUUGAUUCCACACAGUGCCAUAACCAGCUCCGUGCAGACGGACGACAUCGUUGCCUGCGUCCUGCUGCUCUACAAUCCGGCCACCAAGUGUCCCCUUCAUGUCCAUGCCUAUCGGUGCGAUUCGGAGACCACGGCGGAGGCCCUGCAUCUACAGUUGCAGAUACUCAUCAAUCGUCCGGAUAAUCAGAAGAGAUUUGAGGAGCUGGAGACCAGACUCGGCAUCCUGCCGCCGAUUCCCAUGAACGGCAACAACAAUCAUAGCAGCGAAAAGCGUCACGAAAGCAAUGGCAAGUCCUCUUCCCUGGGAGGUGGAGACGGAGGCCGAGGAGGACCUUCCUCCCAUCACCAUCAAGUGCAGUCACAACAGUCCGGCGGCUACCAAGGACGCCGCCACGACACCUCCUCCCCCAAGCGAUUCAGCAACAGCCUGGGCAGCGACACGGGCAACAGCACCCGCGAGUCCGAGUGCAGCGAGGAGCAUGGCCUGGCUGGUGGCUCCUCACCGGUCUCCCGAUCCCCGCCACAUGGUGGCGUCGGCGGCAAGACACACCCACAUCCGCCGCUGCAUCAUCCUCCCCUGACGCCGCAGCAAAACAGCGACCUGUUUGACUCCCUGGCCGCCGAGCUGAGGGCCAAGUUGAAUGGCAAUGGACCACCUUUGCUGCUGCCGCCGCGUGACUAUGACACGGUGCACCGUUCCAAGGGCAACCUGACAGCCAUUGAGCUAAGACGCUGCCGGAAUGCUUUAAUUGUGGGCGGUGUGCCCAAAGUGCCGGGCUCUGGCCUGCCAGGUGGAGGAGGAGGCGGCGGAGGAGGAGCUGCCAAUCCAGCGCCAGGAGGAGCAGCUGUCAGCAAUGCCAAUAAUGGCAAACAGGUCUCCUCCAGGGGAUCAUCUGGAAUUGGUUCGGACCUGGCGCCCAGUCCCGAGAGACAAGAGCUCAACAGCUCCAGCGAUGACGAGCACUGGAGCAAUGAGGCGGACAACUCGGUGAUUGCCCUGAAGCCCUCACAGAUAGCCAUGCCCCAUCAUGGCCAUGGCCAUGCCCAUGCCCAGUUGAAGCGGAAGAGCGCUGUCCAGCCGCCGGAGGACAGUUACUUGAGGGAUUUGCCAGCUAAACCAUAUCAGCCGCGGCAGAGUGACAGGGAAAUGGAGAGGGAGAGGGACAGGGAAAGGGAGAGGGACAGAGAGCGUGAAAGGGAGCGGGAGCGUGAACGUGAACGCGACCGAGAACGCACCAAAACCCCAGCUUCCAUCUCAAACAAAUCCUGGAGCCGCGAGGAUGAAAUCAAGCCCAUUAUCAUGCGUCCCGCUGACUAUGAUGCCAAGUUCAAUCGGGUUCUGCAGCAGGAACAGCAACAGCAGCAGCAGCAGCAUCAGCAGCAGCCCGCCAAGCUGCGGGACACGGACAAGUACAACGAGAUCAAUCGUCUGCUGAACAAGAAGCUCUCCCAUGAGCGCGACCGUAAGCCACACGAUGACUUUGAGGACUCGGAUCCCGGCAGAGAGUCACCCACGAUGCUGCAUCAUCCCAUGCACCAUCAGCCACAGCAGCCGGCUCCCGUCCUCCUGAUGCAUCAUCAUCAUCAACGCAAGGAGAACAACCUCACCGACAAGCAAAAGUUCAUGGAGUACACCACCAAGAAGCAGCAGCUCCUCAAGAACUCCUCCUACAGCAAUGAGGAGUCCCAGCGCUAUCGCCAUCGCUAUGCAGAGCCCCAGGAUCAGCAGCAUCAUGUGCCCUUCGAGUCCUCAGGGACGGGUGGUGGUGGUGGUGUGCCUGUUUCAGGAUCUUCAGCGGGUCACAACAAGUAUGCGGCAGUGCACAGGGGAGCAGAUCUGGGCCAAAGGACCACAGAGCGAAGGCACGACAGGAUGCCAGAGCGGGAGAGAGAGCGGGAUCGCGAACGCGACCUUGUGGACCGGGAUAGGCGAAGGGAUCACGAGCGAGAGCGCGAAAGGGAACACUCGCGUGACCGGAAUCCGUACAGGGAGGCGGAGAGUCUGCCCUAUAUCCAGAGCAUGGAGAAGAUGAUGAAGUCCACGGGCAUGCGCUAUGGCGAGAGCAGCACCAGCACGGCCAAGACCCGGGAUCGAGGCGAGGGCGAACGGGAGAGGCUCAGGGAUCGAGAGCGGGAAAGAGAACGAGAACGAGAACGAGAGCGAGAGCGCGAUCGUGACAGGGAUCGCGAUCGGGAACGUGAUUUUGUGCCCCCGCCCACGCAAAGCGCCCAGCGGGAUCGCUUUCACGAUGCCAAGGACAAGUUCCGGGUCAUGGAGCAGCGCCCGGCGGUGGUAAGUCGUUACAAUGUGGAUGUGGAUGAGCGCGAUACACCACUGCGUGAUCCCUAUCGCUCCUCCUCCUCCCGGCGACGUCGCGGCUCCAUGGAGCCGCCCAGCACCUACGAGCAAUGGAGCGAGGAGGACGAGGAGCCGCCUGUGCCAGUGGCAAUCUCCGAGAAAUCCAAGCAGCGUGACUCCAAUCGUUCCCGUCCCCGAUCCCGGGGCGAUGCCUGGGAACCCGAACCGCCGCGUCACCUGGAGAGAAGUCAGCGGGACAGGGAACGGGAGCGGGAUCGGGAUCGUGACUACAAUCGGGAGCACUCCCGUGAUCCCUAUCGUCACGAACGAGAGCGCGGAGGACGCGCCCAUUCUCGGGAGUAUUUGCACAGCGUGGAGACGACAACAGCGCAGACAAAGAAUCCCUCGACGGCGGGCUCCAAUCGCGGCCUGGAUCGUUAUCCCUCGCCCGCAGCCACGCCCACACGAGCCGGUGGCGGCGGCGAUGGACCACCCUCAUCUGGUGGAAAUGGCAAACCACUGACCAGCAUGCCCAAGGGCUACAGGCACAGCUAUGCGGAGCCGGUGUUUGCCAGAUCCGGCGGACGAGUGGGUCUGGCGGCAGUGAAUCCCUACUGAAAGGGGGAGGAGGGAUCAAGGAUUCAAGGAUUUAAGGAUUCUUUAUGUUAAAAACAAAAAAACCGUGCAACGAAAUCCAAGCUAAUCUCGUAGGGAAAGCAACAAAAAAACACACAAAAGUCUAUAGAACAAAGAUUUGUGGAGGUCGCAGGAAGCUCUAAAGAAGCUCUGGAAAAGGUUUAUUAAAAAUUUACAUUUUGAGAACUUUUAAAUCUAUUUUGAGCCAUAUUUUUAUGCUCUCUCAAUAACUAUAAUAUUUUGAGUAUUUAAAAAAUUGAUUACAACAUGAAAUUUAAUUGUUUUAUAUUUCUUAAAAGGUUUUUUAAAUAAUUAAAUUAAAAAAUUUAAAUUUUCAACACUUUUAAAAUUAUUUGAAGAAAGAAUAUCUUUAUUUUUGAGUAGUAUUUAUCAAUUUCCUUUGUUUAUUUUUUUACCUUUAUUUUUUGAGUAUUUAAAAAAUAUUUAAAAAUGUAUACAAAAAUUAAAUUAAAUGUUUUAUAUUUCUUUAAAGAGUUGUCUGCGACAUUCAUCGAUAAAUUGAAUUAUAAAUAACCGUGUAAACAUAUAGGCUAAGUUAAACCACAGUGGCAAUCGCUUAUGAUGGCCCAAUAUUGUGAGCCCUUUGCUAUCUACCAUGUAUAAUCCAUAUACUCUCUUGUUAUAGCGAAGCUUGCCCUUCUAAAAUCAUAUAUAUAUAAUAUAACAUAUAUAUAUAAUAUAUAUAACCAUAUAUCCAUCAGAUCCAGCCCCGACCUUAACGGGGGGCCCAGUCGGGGUUUCCAAAAGCGGUCCGAAUAUAAGGCGCCAGCCCCUGUAAUUAUGUGCCUUCAGAGAGAGUGAAAUCGUGUUUUUAUUAUAUGCAUAAUACUGAUUUAGCCUACGAUUAUACAUAUAUAUAUGUACUACUUAUAGCCAACGAAGAAAAGAAUCGAAUAGGAUUUCUUAACAAUUUUUUUUGUUUUUUUUUUUUUUGCUACCUUAAGUUGCGCGGUUAAUUGGUAUUUUACCUUUUUUUAUCUUGCUUUGCAGCUCACAUAUAUAUUAAAAUAUAUCUGAUACCUGCUAGCAUAAUAUAGGGAAAUAUAUAUAUAUAUAUACCAUAUGAACAUAUACAUAGCUGAUGUAUCUAUUGUUAUCAAUUUGAUAUUUGCAUAAAUAAAGCGCUAGU